AUGGCAUCAGACGACUCAUCUUUGACUUGUAAAGCAUCAUCACCAUCAUCCGAUUCAUUGUCGCCGCCACAGACAUUAUCGUCUUCAGGACCCAGAUCACCAGCCACUUUAACGCCUACUUUAGCGCCUAUGCCUCCCAAGAAAUCUUCUUUCUCCAUCAGUAGCAUCCUCGGGGAAGAUAAAGUCUCCGAGGACUUAAAGGGAACCAGCGGUAAUGACAAAAAUGAAGACAAUAUUAACGACGACUGUGAUAAACCCUCGGAUGAUGUCAGUAAAGAAGCGGUGGUGACGAGUAUUUCAGAUUUAUACCACAGAUUUCAGUUGUAUUCAGACCAAGCACGGUUAGGUCCCGGUUUGGCCUCCAGAGCUGCUGGAUUUGGCCUUUGGUACCCGUGGUAUCCUGGACUGAUAACUUCACCGCAUUCAGACAGCUCACAUGCACUGGCUGCAAGAAUGCGUCCCCCGACGCCCAAAGCCCCUCCAUCACCUCUGUCGUCCCGAGGGGGUAGUCCUGACAAUCACCAGCAUGAAUUCCUCGAGGAACGAGGCAAUGACCGCACCUGCUCACCUUCAUUCAAGCGUCCGGCCGCUGACAUGUGCGACUCCACUGAGGAGGAUAACGAUGACAGCAGAGGCGGCGGCAAGGACGACAGCAACAACAGCAAAGACGAUAGCGACGAUGAUGAAAGAAGGAAGCAGAGGAAGAAGAAGACUAGAACAGUUUUCUCUCGCAGUCAGGUGUUUCAGUUGGAGUCCACGUUCGACAUGAAGCGAUACCUUUCUAGCUCUGAGAGAGCUGGUCUGGCCGCCACUUUGCACCUGACUGAAACACAGGUAAAGAUCUGGUUCCAGAACAGACGCAACAAAUGGAAGCGGCAACUGGCGGCCGAGAUGGAAGCAGCCAACUUGUCUCAGAGAGCUUCCCAUCGUAUGGUCAGAGUACCAGUUCUGUACCACGAGAACAACUUCUCCUCGCCACACGGACGCCAAGAAUCUUUACAUUCAGGCAGCUCUCCUCCAAUCAGCUCGUCUCUUCCUUCAUCCCUCCCUUCCUCUCUUCCAUCAACUCUGUCGUCCUCUCUAUCCCCACUGUGUUAUCCGCAUCCAUAUCCACAUAUUUCCUCCCUACGAUCUCUACAUGGAGCUGUUUGA